GAUACAGUGAUGCCUUCACCACCGCUGUAUCAUCUGCUUCCUCAUCCUCAUUGUGGUUCAAUUACAGCGUCUACACCUAAGCAAUGGAGUGACUAUUUAUUUGCGAAGCUGCAAGAACAUAGACUCAAUUUAAUACUUAAAGCAAGACUUGGAUUGAGGUGAGAGUACAGGAUCAUUUUACAUAGUGAUGCUUGAAGUUGCUCUAAAUGAGUACGGUACUUAUUGGCUUGAAGAUCUGACAUGUUGAUAUGUAUUUGGUGACUUGAAGAUCAUUUUGCAAGCUUGGAAAUUUUAUUGAAUGCUCUUUGAAAUCUUUUCCAUCCGUUUUUAUAAUAGACAACCUAGUUGUUAAUUAUUAUCCAUGAUGUAAUUUACAUUUUCAAGUUACAAAUUUUGAUGAAUAUUAUUGUUUCCUUUUUUUCCUCACUUCAAAAGAUGAAAAAAUCCUUGAUGUUAGUUAGAAAUAAAUUGGUUUUCUAGGAAGGGAUUAUUGAUUGGGAUAUAGUAUUUUAAUGAUAUAAUUUAAAAAAAUUGAAUAAUGUUUUUAUAUUUUAUUGCAAACUUGAUAUUUUAAAACAAAAAUGAAAAAGAUGUGAUAUUAACCUUUUUUUAUUAUAAAGUAAGUUUUUUAAUUAAAAGUGAUGACCUAGUUGAACAAAAUGCAAGUUUGAUGGUUUUUAUGGGUACUAAGGACCUAGAUUGAUGAGAUAGCGCAAGAUCAUUUUGGAGAAUACCUGGAUGCUUGAACGUACUCCAAAUCAGUACAGUAUUUAUGUCUUACAAGUUGAAUUUGAAGAUCAUUUUCCAAACUUGGAAGUUUAUUGAAUGCUCUUUGAAAUCUUUUCCAUCCGCUUCCAAAUUGGAUGACCUAGUUGUUAUUAUCCAUGAUGUAAUUUAUACAUUUGAUGAAUAUUGUUUCAUUUUUUUUCUCACUUCUUCUAUGUAUUCUCCAAAAGAUGAAAAUCUUUGAUCUUAGUUAGAAAUAAAUUGGUUUUCUAGAAAGAAAUUAUUAGUUGAGAUAUACUAUUUGAGUUGAUUUUUCAUUGUUUAAUGUUAUGAUAUAUUUAAGAUAAUUGAUGAAAACUAAUAAUACAUAGGAAAGUUCUGAGAGCAUCCUUAAUUAGUCUAAUAAGUAAAGUGUUGUUAGUUUUGGCUAUAAGAUCUUGCUAUGUAUUAUUGCAUGGUUUUUAUUGUUUUUUGGCAUUUUUCUUUUUGUAUAUACAACUUUUGUUUUUCUUGCCGGUUUGUCAUUAGCUGCAUGGCACCAACACCAAUCAAUAAUAAAUCUUGGACUAUCAUUAAAUAAAGCAAAAAACAUAAACAUUGUUAAAACACCAAACUUGAAUUGUUCAAACCUAAAGAAACCCUUGUAGUCUAAGAAAAUAGUAUUUAAUUAAUUCUUAUGUUUUCAUAGUCAUCUAUGAUUUAAUGUGUUGAUUGAAAUUGGCAAUUGAGUUUACCACAUAUUGUUAUAUUGGUUUUGAGUUUAAAAGGGGAGUUUUUUCAUGAAUGCAACCCUUCAUGUAUUCAAUAUGAAUUUUGUUCAAUCCCAAUCCCACAUUGUCUGUAGAAGUAUUUACUUUUGACUGUACACUUUGUUAUUUUCCAAUCCCUCCCCAGUUCUGCAACCAUUUCUCUACUUUCUAUGCUCUUGGCUUGCUAAAAAUUAAAGAAAACACAUUGCUCUAGUUGCCUGCCUUCACUCUUCAGAUUGCUCAACAAAUCCCUUGAGACCUUCUCCAUAGUUAACACAUCACAUAAUGGCUACUCUAAUAAAUUUAGCCAUAAACAUUGAACACCUUAAGCAAUCAACGUGCCUUCCUUCACAAUAUGCAUCACCCAUAAAUCUUUCUUUUGGGAUGUCGCCGGGAGUUUAAUCCCCGAGUGUAAAAAUUAUGUAUAAAUUUCCAUUCUUUCCUUCCAUCCAUUACUUGUCCUCUAUGAAGAUUCUAUGUAUGAAAUCUCGGAAUCUUUUCGAGUAUAACUUGGGAUCAACAGCUGAGAUAGACAUGGGAUCCACUUGUAAGGACUUGUAUGCAUGCUCUAGCUUUUUGCUGAUAUCAUAAUCUUGGAGGAUGUCAAUGAUACCAAAGUGAAGAACUACAUCGAAGAUCUCAUUACCAUUGUCAUAACCCAAUUUUUGACCAUUUUAUUUUAAUUAUUAUUAUUUUAUUUACUGAAAAAAAUGAUGAAAAAAAAUAAUAACGUUGGAAAAAAACAAGUAAAUGAAGAAGGAAUUAAAAUUUGGGUUAAGGACAAAAUGAUUGGAAGUUUUGGGGUUUAAUUAAACUUUGAAAUUAAUCCAAUUAAGCUUGGAAUUAUUUUAAUUAAUCCAAUUAAGAGUUUAAUUAGAGAAUUGAUAAGUUUUGAGACUUAAUUAAGCUUGAAAUUAAUUUAAUUCAUCCAAUCAAGGGUUUAAUUGGAGAAUUGAUAAGUUUUGAGACUUAAUUAAGCUUGAAAUUAAUUUAAUUCAUCCAAUCAAGGGUUUAAUUGGAGAAUUGAUAAGUUUGGAGACUUAAUUGGACUUGGAUUAAUGAGAUCAGGGAUUUAAUUGAAACAUUAUCAAAGUAUAGGGCUGAUUCUUGUCAAAUUUGAAAGAAAUUAAAACCCAAGGACCAAUUUGUAAAUGUCGCUAAGAUGCAGGGGUUCAAUUACAAUUUACCCAAGGACUGGACGGCAAACAUUCAAAAUGUCAAGGAUCAAAACACAAAACACUAAAAACGGUGCCGUUUCUCAGAACUGUUCAUCUUCUUCAACGCUUCAGCUGUCGGCCGCCACCAUUACUCCUGCAAUAACAGUCGAUUGAUUACCUGGUAACGGUGGAAUUCUGUGGCUAUAAAGCCGGAGAAAACAAAGAACGCGAGGGGGACAGGAGAGGAGGAUAAAAAAAAGCCAGAGGCUGGAUAGAGAGCGACUGAGAACAAAAAAAGAAGAGCAGACUUGCAUUCCUCUGUUUCUUCUCAAAGAAACAGAGGAGGCUAAAGAAAAAAGCCACGAACAGAGAGAAAAAAAAAGGAAGAAAAACUGGGGACUGAAAGGGGGAAACCAAGGGGGGAUUUUGGGACGAAAAACCAGAGAAAAACCCCAGCAACAAAAAAAAAGCGCACACAGAACCCAGAAAAAACCUAGAACUGGAGGCAGCAACAAGAAGGCAAGAAAACAAAAAGAUAGCAGAAAAGAAGAAGGACCCGGAACCAAAACCAUCGGGGAGAACCGGCAUCAUCAUUAUCUUCGUUCCUUCAUUUCUAAAAAAAACAGAAGCAGAGAGGAGACAAACGACCGAGAGAAGAAGAAGCAGAGGGCAGGAAAGCAAAGGUAGAAGGAGGAAUUCCAGUUUCCCAGCGAGGAGCGUGUUCACUGAUCUUCGCCCGAAACAGUAGCACUCUAGCAGAACAGGUUCCCCAUUGAAACUCGCCUAUAACACUCGUUCGAGAAAAAGACAAAUGGAAAACGAAGAAAGAGCCCAGUUGGAAGCCCAACAUCAAAAAGAGGUGGAUAAUCUUAAAGAAGAAGUCGCAAGGCUUACUAGUCUACUCGAGCAGGCCUUGAGAGAUAAAUCUGGAAAAGCAAUACUUACAGCUCAGCCUGAAGAUAUGCAUGUAACUCAUUUUGAUCCACAGAAUCUGGGGGCAAAUAGGGUGUCAUCUGAAUUUCAACAAGCUAUGCAUUUCCAGCCAGCAUACCCCUCAAGGAUACCGUUUACCAUUGAUUCUACCGAGAAAGAAUCUCAAAAGGGCAAGAUGGUGAAAGAAGAGGGUUUGGAAAAAUGGACUGCCUUAGAAGAGAGGAUAAGGGCAGUUGAGGGAAACCAUUUGUGCGACCUGGUGAAAGCUGUCAAUAUGUGUUUGGUGCCUAACAUAGUCAUUCCUAAGAAGUUUAGGGUGCCGGAAUUUAUUAAAUAUACGGGAACUCAAUGCCCUAUAACUCAUCUCAAAGCAUAUUGCAACAAAAUGGCUGAGGUGGUGGAUGAUGAGAAAUUGCUGAUUCAUUUCUUCCAAGACAGCUUGAGUGACGCUGCCCUCACUUGGUAUAUGCGGUUGGACAAUACCAAGGUUAAAAAAUGGAAGGACUUAGUUGAUGCCUUCAUGAGGCAAUAUAAGUUCAAUAUAGACAUGGGCCCUGAUCGUUUAAGCUUGCAAGCUAUGGAGAAGAACAACAAGGAGUCCAUAAGAGAAUACGCCCGGAGAUGGAGUGAGGUAGCUGCACAAGUUAAUCCUCCCAUGUUGGAAAAAGAGAUGAUCAGUUUAUUUUCCAACACCUUUAAAUCUCCAUACUUUGAAUUCUUGGUUAGAAGCUCUGCACAACAUUUUACUGACCUGGUUAUUAUAGCUGAGAGGAUUGAAUAAGCCAUUGUGUUAGGUAAAAUUGUUGAUCCGACUGAAAAGAACGGUUUCACCGAAAAAGGAAAGGACAAUGAAGGGGGUUGCCAAGACACUUACCAUUCCUAUAGUUAAUUUCUUCGCACCGACUCCCAGAUAUCAACUGUUUUGGAGAUAAAGCUAUGGUGAUAGUAGGUCGAGAAUGGUCUGCAUGUGACUGCAACUAAGUGUUGAAAAGAUGCCUUUGUCGAGGAGAAUGAAUGAUUGAAAGAUUCCAGAAAUUCCAAUCAAUGAUCACUAAAUGUUUAGCCCCUUUUAUGUGUUAUCGUACCAGUAUUCAUGUUGGUAUAAGAUCUUUGUUAUUGAACUUAUUUUCCUAAGCUUCAAUGAAAU